GGCUGGAUUUGCCGGCCGACAUUUGGCGGUUUGCCAUUAUCUAGUGGAGAAGGUGUAAGGGAAACAUCAUGGAUACUAACGUUUGGAGUGAAUAUAACGAGAAUGUUUUGAGGUGUAAAUAUCCCUUACAUCGCUGUUGUAGGGACGGUGACGUAGAAAUGAUAGAAUAUUUAAUUACUUGCGUUCGUUAUUCCGUACAAACCGAAGAUUGUUUUCACAGUUGGACUCCUUUCCAUUGGGCAUGUCGUUUUGGUAAAUUGGAUUGUCUCCAGAAAUUAGCAUCCUAUCUUCCUUCUAAUACAAGUAUUGAUAUCAAAUCCUCAAGAAAUUUGCAAACUCCUCUUCAUAUAUCAGCUUUAGCAUGUCAAUCACAUUGUUUGCUUUGGUUAUUACAGGCUGGUGCUGAUGAAAAUAAUCAGGAUUCACUGGGAGAAACUGCUUUGCAUAAAGCUAUUAGAAGUGGAAGCAUAGAAUGUGCUGCAAUUUUAUUAUUAAAAAAUGCUGAUAUAAGAUUUUUCUACUACAAAGACCCAGAAUUUCUAGAGGAAAAGUUGCAUAAUAUUAAUGAUCAGAGUCCUAGUGAAUUAGCAACAGUAUGUGGUAAUUCCAUUUUAACAGUAUUAAUGGACAAGAUUAAUGAAUGCAUUGCUACAAAAAAUUUGACAGAUGCAGAAAACAUCUUGCAAACUGUGAUGAAAAAUUUUACUGCUGAAUUUCAUUUGCCGCUUUCUAUUCUGUCAGAAAUUAAAUCUAUAAAUAAUGAUAUAAAUUCAGUAGAAAAAGACUGUUCCAAUAUGCAGUAUGAAAUUUCUUCGCAAAAUAUAAAAAACAGUAGGAAAAGAUCAUUUACUGAAGAUGAUUCAGAAAUUUCAAAAAGAAAAAAACUAAAUGAAUCUGAACUCUAUUCCAAUCCAUCAGUGCUUUGUAAUAGUACUUCUGGUAUACCUUCUGAGGAACCAAUGAUACCAUGUAUUGUUCAGCAUCAAAGUUCAUUUGGAAUUCAAAUGCUUCAUGACAUUAAUAGACAUGUACCUCGUUGUUUUGGUCACUAUAUUUAAAAUACUCUUCAGUAUAUUAUAAUGUUAAGAAAGCUUUGUGAUUAAUUCUUCUGAAGAUCAAAACAUAAAUUUGUUAUGACUGCCUGUUAGCUUUUCAAUGUAAUUUAUGUUCUUGGAUUGUUUGAAUUCUGAAAAUAUUUACAGUUAAGUAACUUUGGGGUUUUAAUUUAAAAUAAUUUUUGUUACUAAUAUUCAAAAAUUAUAUGAGAGUAUGUGGGAUAUAGACCAAUAAUUUCAAAACACUUGCAUGAAUGAAAUGUUUUAAAUACCGUAAGUAUAUAUUGAAGUAAGAACGUGUAUAUCAGAUAGGCAUAGUUUAUUUAUUUUUCAAUGACCUAGAUUCAUUUAUAAUUAUUUUAGUUAACUUUGCCAUUAUCGUAAACUUGUAAGCUUGAAUUCAUAGUAGAGUACUUAUCAUUUGUAAUUACUUUUAGUAGUAUAUGAGAUUAUAAACAAAUGUAUUCCAUAAAAAUUCUUCGGAUGUUGAAGAAUAGCAAUUUUGUAUAGGAGAUUGUGAUUUGCAUUAUUCAUUGCAUUUAUUAAUAGCUACUGCUGGAUAUUAAAACCUUUAAUAAUAAUUUAUAACAAUUGUAAUGUGAUAAAUUGAAUUUUUAAGAUUUAUGCAUUUCAUAAGAAUCUCCAUUUUACUGUUGCAGUAUAUUUUUUAUUUAUAGAUGUAUAUUUUAAUAUUUCAUAACUUAAAAACAUUUGUGAAGUCAAAUGUAUUGUGCUGUUGUGAUAAUAUUCAUAACUAAGAAUAUUAUUGUAUGCUAUUCACUGCUAAAAAAUAGGGUUGUUUUGCUUCCCAUGGAAGCAAUCCUUUAUCAAAAUGAACUUUUUUAAUAGUUACGUAGAAAUAUAUAAAUAUAUUAUGGCUUUUUCUAUAUGAUUAAAUGUUAUUAGUUUAGUUAGUGGCAUGAAAAAAGUUAAAGCCACAUUGGUUUAAUUUAUUGUAAAUAAAAAGUUAUAUAAUGAGUGUUGUUGUAAUGUUUUUAAUUUUGAAUUCAGUCACUUUAUAUAAUUAAUAUAUUCUCAAUAAAACAUAUAGGAACUAUAAAAAUUAAAUUAUAAAUAUGAAGAAAAAAAAAAUGUCCAAAUCUUAGGAAUGAAUACAUUUGUUAGUGGCAAUAACUAGAAAGAAGAUGACAAGUCACAAUGUUGUGUAUUGCAUCACAAUUCAGAUGGACAUAUCCAUAUUGUUGGGUCUCUCUACCCAAUAUUGAUAAGUACUUUCUAUCCAUUCUCCAUCUAUGUCCAAGUGCUCUAUGUACCUUUCACCAAAGACUUAAUUUUAUUGUUUUGAAUUUAUAAAAUUUUACAAGUUGUUUGCAUUACCCUGUGUUAGAUGUCGAGGAAUACAAUUCUUGCCAUAUUUAUCUUC